AGAAUCCAGCCGUCCCCGGCCGCCUUCCUCCUCCCAUGAUCCCAUCCAUCCCUGGCGUCCAGACGAGCGAGCCGCCCUGAACUCCAAGUUGGACGAGAACCCUUUGACCGGAUACUAAUCUCCGCGGCGAAACGAAAUCAUUCCACCGCUGGAACACCACCACCUGCGCCCAGCGCCCCAACCCCGGCCCCCCCCCGUCCCCAAAAGCCUCCGAUCCGAUUCCCAGCGCCCGCCCGCCCACCCGCCCGCCCGCCAGCCUUCUGCCGCUGCGUCGCACGUGCGCCCCUCCCCGCCGCCAGCGCUUCGCCCUCCGCCCUCUCCAGCCGCGAUCCCAUCCGGGCCGGGGGCAUCGGAUCCGGCGGCGCCCCGAUGCGGUCGCCGGGGCUCCUGGCCGCCGCGCUCGUCGCGGCGGGGCUGCUGCUCGCGGCCGGCGCCGGGGCGGCGACGGAGGAGGCAUACGUCACGUUGCUGUACGGCGACGAGUUCGUGCUCGGCGUGCGCGUCCUGGGCAAGUCCCUCCGCGACACCGGCACGCGGCGCGACAUGGUGGUGCUCGUCUCCGACGGCGUCUCCGAGUACUCGCGGAAGCUCCUCCAGGCAGAUGGUUGGAUUGUGAAUCGAAUAUCAUUACUGGCCAAUCCUAAUCAAGUGAGGCCAAAGAGGUUUUGGGGUGUCUACACCAAACUAAAGAUAUUUAACAUGACAAGCUACAAAAAAGUUGUUUACCUUGAUGCAGAUACUAUCGUUGUGAAAAGUAUCGAGGAUCUUUUCAAGUGUGGGAAGUUCUGUGGAAACUUGAAGCAUUCUGAAAGAAUGAAUUCUGGAGUAAUGGUUGUUGAGCCCUCUGAAACUCUAUUCAAGGAUAUGAUCGACAAAGUGGGUCGUUUGCCUUCUUACACUGGAGGGGACCAAGGUUUUCUAAAUUCAUAUUAUCCUGAUUUUCCUAAUUCCCAUGUCUAUGAGCCAGACUCACCUUUAACUCCUGAACCGGAAACACAACGCCUUUCUACCUUGUAUAAUGCUGAUGUGGGUCUUUACAUGCUAGCCAACAAGUGGAUGGUUGAUGAAAAAGAAUUAAGAGUCAUUCAUUACACACUGGGUCCCCUAAAACCCUGGGACUGGUUCACAGCUUGGCUUGUAAAACCUGUUGAAACAUGGCAGGACAUUAGGCAAAAACUUGAAGAAUCUCUCCCUGGAACUGGUGGGGGGAGGAACCCACAUGAUCAGCUGGUUGUCAAAAUAUUGUUCAUUCUCCCAUUUUGCUUGCUGUUAUUUGGCUAUUACCAAUCAUGUUUUCAGACAAACAAGGAGUUGAUAAGUAUAAGAUCUCUAUGUGCAUUUGCUAGAAGAGCCCGCCACAAAUACAAGUCUGAGGAGCCAUUACCAUCUUAUUCAGUGGUUGGUUCAUCAUCUACAUUUGGUAUUUCAAACCAAAGGUUAUCAAAUGGGACACAUUCGAAGCUUCCUCCUUAUUUUGGGCCGAUCGCAGUGCUAGUUUGCUUUAUGUCCGCUGGUUUCUCUUUAGCCUUUGCUUUUGCUCUCAUUCCACGGCAGGUUAUGCCAUGGACAGGUUUGCUGCUGAUGUUUGAGUUGACAUUUGUGGCAUUCUUCUUAUUAUUUGGGAGUUAUCUUCGCUUUGUCUAUCAAUGGGGAAGUAUGAGUGCAAAUCAUGUGGGAUUUAACAAUUCUGAUUCAUCAGAGAAUCAUAUGGGUUCAGGUCAUCAGCGCAAUAUGUCCAACUGUGAUAUGGAUGCAACAUUUUACUGGAUAGGAAUGGCGGCCAUUGCUACUGUUGCUGUAUUGUUACCAACUAUCUUGGGUAUAACUGCAUUAUUCACGAAGCUUGGAUUAAUGGUCGCUGGCGGUGUUGUGCUGGCAUCUUUUAUGACAUACGCCGCAGAGCAUCUUGCUAUCUCAGCCUUCAACAAGGGUUUGUACACACACGGAAAGAAUGAUGGUUCCUUUUUUGACACAUGGCUGCCUGCCCAGGGCCCCUUUUUGUAGCACUGAUAUCACGGUGUCAACUAGUGGUAAAUAGGUUCCCAGAUGUUGUUUAUUUAUGCGGCACGGUGGGCUCGCACAGUAAAUCUUGUCAAUAGAGCAUUCACUGCCAUUUGUUUGUUAAAUGUUGUUGGUCACUCCGGAGUGUCACUGUGAUGGCAGUUUUCUGCUGGAACAUAAAUAGAUGGAAUCCUUAAUGGAUCGUUGGUGA